CUUUUGCCUGGCUCCCAGGACAGGAGGGCCACAGCACACUUCCCAGCUCCCUCCAGGACCUUCUGGAUCAUCUUGUCCGUUGCCUUGUUGUUUUUUGCAGUUGUUGGUGUCAGUGUCGUGGGGGUUCUCAGCUUCUCCCCCAGCUCUGCCCAGGCUGGCUCCCAGCUCCUCCGAGUGACACUCCAGGGCCAGCAGGACCCGCUGAGGAACCAGACAGCUGUGGUGGACAAGGCCAGGAGCACUGUCACCUACUACAUCACCUCGCAGAGCAACCUGAGCGCCGUGGUGCUGUACGACAGCAGGAACGGCUACGUGUGCUACAAGCCGCUGGAGCAGCGAGCCUGCUACCUGAGGAGGAUGGAGCCCUGGGACCUGCAGACAGCUCUCAACACCUCUGAGCACAGCGCUGAGCAGCUGCUCCAGCCCAACAACCAGACCAAGUUCUACCGGGAGUUCCUGGGCAUUGUGGCAGGGGAGCAGCUGGAGCCCAGGGGCCUGGGGGAGGCUGUGCAGGGCCUGUGUGAGCACACCUCCAUCUUCUGGGUGCGCAGAGGCCACGGACCCGGCAGGCAGCGCCUCAUCUACCUGUGCAUUGACAUCUGCUUCCCCAGCAACAUCUGUGUCUCCAUCUGCUUCUAUUACCUGCCUGAGUAAGUGCUGCAGCCACGGCCGCCCUCUCUGCCCUCACACUUGAACUGGAUUCUUCAACAGCCUCUGACUCCCACGAGGAAGGGAACACCUACAGCAUCCCCAGAGCUUCCUGCUGAUUCCAUGCUGCAGGUCAGGAGAGUUUAGAGGAGCAGGAGGCCUCUGCUCAGCACUGUCAGCACAGACUCUGCAGCUCUGCUCCAGGGCUGUGCCUCGUCCAUAGGAAUUAGGAGAGCCAGGCCCAGAGGAAUCCCGGGAAGCAGCUGGAGUUUUGGGGCUCCAGGCUCUGCUCAACACAAGGUGGUUGUUACA